AUGUCGGGAGGGAACGGCGACCCCACGACGGCGAGGCCAGCAGUCGCCCACGUCCACGCCGGGACUGCGUGCGUCUGGGACGCGUCAGACGCCGUGCGGCUCCGCACCGAGCACCGCGUGCUCGGGACCAUGAUAGGAGGUCUUGCUGCGCUCAAGCAGCAGAACUCGGUGUUCGGGCUCCCGCUGCAACUGAUGCCCGAGGAAGCCAUCGUGGGGCUGCGCAAGGGCUGGCUGCAGCUGGCCGCGGCGCCCGUCGCGACCCCGCAGCGCGCCGCCGCGUCGGGCGCCACUGCGCCGGCCGACUCCAGCGUGAGCUCGGCGGCCGAGGCGUGGGCCAUGAAGCACGCAGCUGCCCUGCGGCGCGGCUUCGUUGUCCCUCACACGUCGGCGCUCGUGCCUGCUGGCGCCGCGCCGACGGCGGAGCAUCUCUUUCCGCUCUACGAGGGCGGUCAGCGCGCCGAGCAGUUCCGAAAAAGGCUGGAGGUGUUCUGCGACCUGUACGACCGCGGGUACACCCUAACCGCGGGCGUGCGGUACGGAGCGGACUACUUGGCGUACCCUGGAGACCCAAGCAUGUACCACGCGCAACUGGCGGUGGUGGUCGCGGACCCCGACCAGUGCGUGCCGCCCACGCGAUACGCCGGUACGGGGCGCAUCAUCCACGCCGUCCGCAAGCACUUCGUGGUCGCCUGGCAGGCCAAGGAUGGCGGCAAAGUCCAGUACCUGACCAUCACACCCCCGCUCGCGUUUGACGCGUGCUAG